UGACACGUGAGGGAGAGCUGCGCCCACGUAGUUCAGUAUAUUCAACAAGCGGUGGAAGUUUUUUUUUAUUAUUACAGUUCCGUGUAAACUUGACCGGUUCUGUUUAAUCGCGUUUCCAACCAUGCUUCGGUUCGGUAGAGUUGCCAAACUUCACCACGGAGUUCUCCGCUGCUCGCUCUCACUCUCCUCUCCCUCUAGCAAAAGUUGCAGCGCGAUUCAAGUUCUCUACUUGUCCAGACAUGGUGCACCAAGACCAGCUCACUACUACAGCACCCUACCACCUGCCCCAGAUAUAUCUAUACAGUAUAAGUAUGGGCGACCAGUGUUGUCUCUCCCCCUUCCCUCCCGUAGUGAGUUGUGUCAGUUCAGUCUGCGUCCCAUGUUGAUGACAGUAACAGACUUCCUGUCAGACAUACAGAGAGAGGAUCCUGGAGUAACUAUUGCAGCUGUACUGAACACAGAUGGAGAGAAGGUAUGCUCUACCACCUCUAUAGACAUAGUUCUCAAUAAAGACUUCCAGCUCCUCAUCAACAGCACAACCUACAGAAUACACUCCCCGGGCAGAGGGUCUCAUGAACAUGCCACCAGUAUAGAUGACAUGAAGACCGUGGUCCACAUGCUCCACUCAGCCCUCAACCUUCCAGAACACCAGCUACUGAGACAGACUCAGCUUCUCCGCAGACUGGAUACACUGAAACAGGAGCUGGGACCAAUGGAGAAGGUGCGGGCCCAAGUGGCCAGGAGGGCGGAGUCUCAAUCGAUGCGUGUAGAGUGGGCGGGGCUUGCCUUCCUCUCUCUACAGGGAGCCUUUCUGGGAUACCUGACUUGGUUUGUGUUUGCCUGGGACGUGAUGGAACCAGUCACCUACUUCAUCACCUACGCUACCAGCAUGGGCUUCCUGGCUUACUACAUACUCACUAAACAGGAGUUGUUGUAUCCGGAUGCUAAGGACCGUCAGUAUCUCCACUUCUUCCACAAGAGAGCAGCGAUGGAACACUUUGAUACACACAGAUACAACAUACUACGAGACCAACUGGCUACGGUGGAGAGUGAUCUGAAACGCCUGAGGAACCCUAUCCAGCUACAGCUACCAGUGGACCACAUCCAACCCAUCAACCAGUCACCACCCAUCAACUAAUCACCACCCAGCAACUAAUCACCACCCAUCAACUAAUCACCACCCAGCAACUAAUCACCACCCAGCAACUAAUCACCACCCAUCAACUAAUCACCACCCAUCAACUAAUCACCACCCAUCAACUAAUCACCACCCAUCAACCAAUCACCACCCAUCAACCAAUCACCACCCAUCAACUAAUCAGCUACCAGUGGACCACAUCCAACCCAUCAACUAAUCACCACCCAUCAACUAAUCACCACCCAUCAACUAAGCACUACCAAGCAACUAAUCACCACCCAUCAACUAAGCACUACCAAGCAACUAAUCACCACCCAUCAACUAAUCACCACCCAUCAACUAAUCAGCACCCAUCAACUAAGCACUACCAAGCAACUAAUCACCACCCAUCAACUAAUCACCACCCAUCAACUAAUCACCACCCAUCAACUAAUCAGCACCCAUCAACUAAUCACCACCCAUCAACUAAAAACCACCCAUCAACCAAUCACCACCCAUCAACCAAUCACCACCCAUCAACUAAAAACCACCCAUCAACUAAUCAGCUACCAGUGGACCACAUCCAACCCAUCAACUAAUCACCACCCAUCAACUAAUCACCACCCAUCAACUAAUCACCACCCAUCAACUAUCACCACCCAUCAACUAAUCAGCUACCAGUGGACCACAUCCAACCCAUCAACUAAUCACCACCCAUCAACUAAUCACCACCCAUCAACUAAUCACCACCCAUCAACUAAUCACCACCCAUCAACUAAUCACCACCCAUCAACUAAGCACUACCAAGCAACUAAUCACCACCCAGCAACUAAUCACCACCCAGCAACUAAACACCACCCAGUAACUAAACACAACACACUCACACACCCUACACACACUACACUACACACACACACACUACACUACACAAGGAGCCCCAAUAUUGUAGCAGCUUUAGUUUUUUAGCAUAACACUAUCUUUACAUUUCUCUCUCUCUCGCGUGGUCAAACUCAGAGGCCUGGGUUCAAAUACUAUAUGAAAUCAUUUUCAAAUACUUACUAUGUGAAAUCAUUUCAUCAUUGUUAUAUGUGCUUGAUUGAGCUUGUCUGUUUUAAUGGACCAAUAGAAUAGUUCCAAAAAUGUAAACCCCGCCCAUCUGGCAGUCCAGGCAGGCUAGAGCAAACGCUCAAAGAUAUUCAAAGAUUUCAAAUAAUGUUUGAACGAAGGUCUGGUGUCGUCUGAGGUCUCUGUCUGUUGGAAACACUAAAGCUAACUCUUCUCAAAAAAUAAAAACACUGAUAUUCAA